UGAAAGACCGCAGGGGGAUAGCCUUAACCCAGACAAGCGUGUGAACUAUCAUGCGGCCAAACAUUACGUCUCAACCGUGAAGCAGCGCUUUAGGCCUUUAGCUAUCAGCUCUAAAGGGAGAAAGUUGUAACCAGUCGGAUUCAAAUGGCAAAAAGGAAAAUUCGAGAAGAAGAGGACGACGAAAGCGGCGUUGUUCUCAUUUCUGUUGAACAAGGUGCCUCUCCUCGUUGUCGACGGUCAAAUAGGCGAGUUCACAGAUUUUCAAACUCUAGGCAUCAGGGGAUGUUGAACAGCGGUUUGUUUGAUUGCUAUUUGAGGAAUUUAUGGAGGAAUUUUCCAGAAGAUAAGAUUUCGGAUUUUAUAUAUCUUGACUGCUUAUGGUUUUCUUUGUACACGGAAGAAUCUUACAAAGGGGAGGUGCUGACUUGGAUUAAGAAUAAGCACAUAUUCUCAAAGAAAUAUGUCUUUAUUCCUAUUGUCCUCUGGAGUCACUGGAAUCUAUUGAUCAUCUGCAACUUUGGUGGAAGUUCGCAAUUGGAACCUAAAACUUCAUGCAUGUUGUUGCUAGAUUCACUUCGAAUGGCUGAUGACCCAAUGAGGCUUGAACCUCUGAUAAGAAAGUUUGCCCUGGACAUUUAUGAAGCAGAAGCAAUGCCAAAAAACAAAGCACGUGUUUCUCAGAUACCUCUCCUGGUGCCUGAGGUUCCCCAACAAAGAAACGAAAAGGAUUGUGGAUAUUUCGUGCUUUACUAUAUAAGUAAGUUUGUGAAUGGUGCCCCUGAAAAUUUUUGCAUCACUGAGGGCUACCCUUGCUUUAUGAAGGAGGAUUGGUUUGAUCUCGAAGACUUCAAUGGCUUCCGUGACAAACUCAAAUCUGACAGCGUAUAGAUUUAUUGUGGAUGCCUGGAUGAGAUAUCUUAUUUACUUCCAUUGUUAGGAAUCAAAAAUCACGGUGAUAAAGAUGUAUGUAUCAUGUAUGUGAAGAAAAUGGACACUGUAGGUAACAAUACCAAUGGAGUGAAUGCUAUUGCUGGUGGAGAAUACAAGAUGUGUAUAUUGAAUCAGUUGCCAUUUGGUCAUAGACCCGGAAAUUCAUUAUAGUAACUUCCCAUCAGUGUGCUAUAGUGACAACCUUGAAUUUUUAAUUAUUGAAAUAUGAUCGUCAGAAGAAAUGGAGAAGCAAAUGUGGGAUCUGACUCUGUCUGCAUCUUUUAUUGGAUCUGGAUUCUGGGGAGGAAAGUCACAAUAUUAGGCAAACAUGAAUUGUAUUUCAAAUUAUUUUAUAGAAUAUCCAAUAUAUUUCUCAUAUAUAUAAAUUGCGAAAUUAUAGCGAUUGACAGAGGUGGGUAUUUUUAACC